GAAUCCAAUUUGCGCGUGUCGCACAACUUCCUCCUCGAUUUCCUCAUCUUGGCCAUAGAAAAUUACGUCGAUACACACGAUGAAAUCCACAAAAGCACCUCCUUCGGACCCCUCUUCGAGCCGCAGAGCUCAGCCUCUACGGCAAACACGAAACAAUCCACCAAGAUCCUCUAUCUCUGGUUCUCGACCUUUGGGGUCAAGAGGUUCGAUUGGCGGCGGUGAUGGAGUAUCGAAUGCGGAUCAGACCGUCGAAAUAUUCCCUGCGAUAACCCAGUUCGCAGAUGCUAUAUCUGCAUUGCCAAAGGAACUCGUGCGACACUUUACAUUACUGAAAGAAGUCGAUGCGAAAGUAUUUGGGCCAGAAGAAGAGCUCGCAAGACUCGUCGACAUUGCGCUCAACACCCCACCACCGACAACACUCAAUUAUCCUUUCAACUCAAGAUCAGCAUCUACAAAUGGGCUUCAUAGCUUAUCCAAUCUAAACAAUUCAUUAACAAAUGGCAACGGCGGUCAUGCGGGCUCGUCGACGGAGAUGCAAGGGGAAUCGUUCGCUCCCGUCAACCCAGCGUAUGCUAUCUAUCAUGCUCCUAACAUGCCUAGAAGAAGGCAAUUCCAAGCAUGUGCUAGUUAUAUGCAAAAUAUGUUGGUCUCUCUCGAUGAAAAAAACCAUGUCAUCUCAACGGCUGGCGAAGCACUAAACAAACAACUCUCGCGUCUUGAUCAAUGUUUUCCGCACAUCGAAAACGAAGUAAGCGAAGAAGCACGGCACGGCAGUACUACACAUUGGGCAUAUCCCGAGAACAGAACAUCUAGGGCGAAUCCUGUUGGUAGCUCUAGAAGGGAUGCCCCUCCUGUCAAUAAUACUAGUGCUGCGGCCCAGCAAGUGGCCGAAGAACACGCUGCGAGGAGUGAUUCUAGGAAGCAAGCAUUGCUUGCAAGAAAAGGAGCCAAGACCCAGCAUGCAGACUCAGAUUUCGAUGAUACUCACGAAGGAAGAAAGGCAGAUUCAAACAAAAGACCACACGGAAAUAGCAAGGCUCGGAAAGCUGCUACUGCUACUGCCGCCGAGACCACAGCGAAUGUUGGACUUGGAAUAACGAAUGGAAAUGGCACAAAUGGAAAUCCACCGAAAAGGCGAAAGGUUGAGAAAACUACGAAUGCCGGUUCAUCAACGGAACGUGCUCUGAAUGGCGUUUUUGGUAUCAAUGGAUCCGCGUCAAAGGGCAAGGCAGCGAGUCCUAGGGCAACCCCAGCACCAGAUGGAACCAAGAAACCGGCCAGAGCUAGAGCAGCACCAAAUGGACAAGCAAGAAAAAGGAACAAUACGACGACUUCUGCAAUGUCGCCCUCGUUAGCAUCCUCUCCAAUUCGAACUACAUUUCCUGAUAUUAAGCCUCCGGGACGAGCAUCCCCUGCUCCUGUGAAUGGUGGAAGACCGGCUUCAGCAAGGGCUCGACAGAAUUCAGUACAAUCACUUGCGGAUACAACACGACAAGCUCAAUCUUCAGCUUCGCACAAGCUAAACGGAAAUACGCCUGGCACGCCCGACCUGGCAGCAGCAGCAAGUGUAACAGGGAAAACUGUCCCAGAAGUAAAGGCAACAAUGAAAGAGGCCGGUACAAAUGGUAAGGGAGAGCAUGUCCUUGAGGAUGCUCAACCACAAAAUCCAGAAGUCCUAGGUGCCAUAGUAGUAGGGAACAGCAGAGAAAGUAUGAAGCGAGAGGAGACUGUAGAAUCAAAUGGAGAUUCUAUGCAGGGAAUUCAAUCAACAACGAUAACAACAAAGAGUGGCAGAGCAAGCAAACCUUCAACGCCGGCAAUGCCUUCUUUCGUCGAACCACCUCGUUCAAGAUCAUCGCGCAGCAUUCCAGACACCAUAUCCACAGCCAAAAGAAGUCAUAAGAAAGGUGCAGGCGCAGCGGCUCAACUCAUCGCCCAACAAAAUUUGGAGCCCGAUGAUACGACAAGCAGUGCCCAAGGUGAUGAUGAAGACAUUGAAAUAGACGCAGAUGAGCCUACCUACUGUUACUGCAAUGGCGUUAGUUACGGGGAGAUGGUAGCCUGUGAUAAUGGUAGUUGUCAGAAGGAGUGGUUCCAUCUUGAAUGCGUGGGCCUCAAAAUUGCACCUAGAGGCAAUGCAAAAUGGUACUGUGAUGAUUGUAAAGAGAAAAUGAAGAACAAGCGAUUCAACAACGGACGAUAACGAACACCGGCCAUAUUAUAGCAGGACAAUGGAGUUUUUAGUACGUUUUUGAUACCUGGAUGGCUCAUUCAUUGUAACUUUACGGCGCAUGCAGAUUCCUUGGAGCAUGGAUAUAUGGGAGUUAACCUUGGUUUGGGGGCUAUUACAUAGAAACGACGUUUGUUUAUAAUGUAUAUGAUGGGAAACACUGCCAUAGAUGCAAUGAAAGCCCACCACUGUUGUUUAAUCUGACCA